AUGCCUCCAAAAAGCAAUACACCCGUUGGUGGGAAGAAGGGGGUGCCUACCCCUGAAGCCACACCCAAUAGAGAAGAGGAAGAGAAUGAACAAACAGAGGGAGAGCAAAACGAGGAAGCUCAAGAUGAGGAACAGAAUGAGGAUGGAGAAGAAGAACAAGAUGGAGAAGGAGAGGAAGAACAAGAAGGUACGGCGCAGAAGGCACAGGCAUCAGUAGAAGAUGAAAAUGAAGGGGAAGCCAGUGGUCAAGCGGGGGCGGAAACUGGUGCCGAAGCCACUGCUGACGAAAACGAAGGCGGCGAAGAAGAAGCCCAAGAAGAGGAGUCCGAAAAACAAGUAGAAAGCGAAGACACUGCUGUUCACGACGAACCCGAACCGGAACCCGAACCGGAAAAGAAAAAGAAGAAGCAUCGCCGUCGUAAGGUCAAGGAACCUGAGCCAGAAGAAGAGGAGGAAGAGGAAGCUCCUGCUCGCAAACCCCGUCGUAAGAGACGUGAUCGUCCUCAAUUCCUCGAGGAUGGUGGAAAUGAUUAUAAGCAACAAAUGCAAAUGAUGCAACAACAACACGAUCAGCAAAUGCAAAUGAUGCAAAUGCAGCAGCAACAACAACAAGGUGGUGCCGCUAAAGAUCAAGGCAAACAACCUUUGAAGUUGAGAUUAGAUGUUAACCUCGAAAUUGAGAUCGAGUUGAAAGCCAAGAUUCAUGGUGAUUUGACUUUGGCAUUAUUUUCUGGAUAG